GCGUUGUCAGAGCCCCUUUUGUUGAGACGACGACGAGCAUGCUACCGAUGGCCGAGAUGGUCUCGCCGCAGUCGCCGCCGCGCAAGAUCUCGAACGAAGACUCGUCGAUCCACUACUCGGACGACCUCCAGAAGAGCGAGCACUACUCGUACUACCCGGCAGCCGCGUCCAUCGACGAGGCGUCGACGGCGUGGCACUUUCCGUGGGCGCCGCCGCCGAUGCUGCCCAACGACGACGACCGCGUCAUGGAGCUCGAGAGCUACGGAGUCCUCGACACACCCAACGAACACGUCUUUGACGUGCUUGUCUCGAUGGCCACCAAGGCGCUGCGGUGCCCGAUCGGCGGCGUGAGCCUCAUCGACAAGCACCGCCAGUGGUGCAAGGCCAGCAUUGGCCUCGCACAGACCGUCAUCCCGCGCAACGUGGCCUUUUGCGCGCACACGAUCGCGUCGACCAAGCCGCUCGUCGUCCUCGACACGUCGCUCGACAAGCGGUUCUACCAGAACCCGCUCGUGACGGGCCCGGCCAACAUUCAGUUUUACGCGGGCGCGCCGAUCGUGAAUGGGAACGGCACGGUCUUGGGCACAGUCUUCGUGUAUGGCCACCGGCCACAGACGUCGUGCGACACCCAAGUGCUCAAGAAGCUCGCGCGGAUGGCCAUGAACCACCUCGACGACCGCAAGCAGUCGAUGCAGCGCGCACGGCCGGCGCGGUCGCGCUCGCAGGCGCAGCCACGGACAACGUCGGUGCCGCGCCACACCACAUCCGGGCACCACCCGGCGACGAUGAUGAUGGACCGGUCGCCGGCCGACGAGUACGACGCCCGGCGCGAAGCCAUGCGGCUGCUCGACAUCCUCGAUACGCCGCCCGAGGUCAUCUUUGAUCGCGUGUGCUCGCUCGCGACGCAGCUGCUGCAUUGCUCCGUCGCCGGUGUCAGCCUCAUUGACGACGACAAGCAGUGGUUCAAGGCGCAUGUCGGAAACGUCGACCUCAGCCACGUGGCCACCUUUUGCGCGCACACGAUCGCAGCCCGCAAGACGACGGUGGUGGUGGAUACGCUCGAAGACACGCGGUUCCGGAAGAACCCGCUCGUCCGUGGGAGUCAUAUCCGGUUCUUCGCCGCCGUCCCGAUCUACACGCCGGACGAACACGUCAUUGGGACUGUCUUUGUCAUGGACACAUCGCCCCGGACGCACGCGACGGUGGACGUCAACAGCCUCCAGCGGCUCGCGCGGGUCGCGAUGCUGCACUUGGCGCCGCGCGUCCAGUACAAGAUCAUGCCGGUGCUCGACUAUAGCUCGUUUGUGGACGAGCACGCCCAAGUGUACUCGACGGACCGGGAUGCGAUGACGGGCAAGGCCAAGGGCACCAACGGCUUUGAGAAGCUCCGGCUCAAGUUUCUCUCGACCGUCUUCAAGCGCCAGCCCAGCAACCAGCAUGCUCCAAUGUAUUAAGGGCGUCCCAUUUUGACGGCGAUGACGAUGACAAGAUAGACGAGUAGAGACCAGUCGAUCGUGCAAUCUGUAAUAGAGACGGUGUGGACGCGACAGCAUCCUUGGAUCGAACAAGGGUGCGUAGCGUCCUUUGUGUGUGUGCG